GUGUGCUUAUACUGAGAGCGUGCCGGGUUCUAACUUUCAAAGGUGUUCAACAUGUCUCCAUGUACCCAUUCUGUUGCAUGCGUUUUGACAGAUAUGAAUUUAGAGAGUGACUACGGCACGUCAGUUUCUUGUGGCAAUGGCAAGCUUAGACAAUGGCUGAUUGACCAGAUUGACAGCGGAAAGUACCCCGGAUUGGUUUGGGAAAAUGACGACAAAACCAUUUUCAGAAUCCCGUGGAAGCACGCGGGCAAACAGGACUACAACAGAAACGAGGAUGCCGCGCUCUUUAAGGCCUGGGCACUCUUCAAAGGGAAGUUCAGAGAGGGGAUUGACAAGCCUGACCCUCCCACCUGGAAGACGCGGCUCCGCUGUGCCCUGAACAAAAGCAAUGACUUCCAUGAGCUGGUGGAGAGGAGCCAGCUGGACAUAUCCGAUCCCUACAAAGUGUACAGGAUCAUUCCCGAAGGUGUUAAAAGAGCAGCCAAAGCGAUGAGUUUGGAGGAGCCAGCGGCUCAGAUCAACCCUCAGGGCUACUCCAUGCAUCCUCCAUAUGCACAGCUGCAGACCCAGGUGCCCGGCUACCUUCCCCAUGAGAGGAGAGAGUGGAGGGACUACACACCAGAGCCACAGAACCCCGCAGAACUCCCGUUCGGCCAGUGCCCUUACCCCCCAAGGAACCUGCCCUGGCAGGGGCUGCCUUGUGAGAAUGGGUAUCAGAUAACAGGGUCCUUCUACACCUGCUCCCCCAAUGAGUCUCAGCCCUCAGCCUUCUCACUAGACCCCAACUUGAGAUCAGCUGAAGCCAUGGCCUUCUCCGACUGCCGCCUGCACGUCUCCCUGUUCUACCGGGACUCCCUGGUCAAGGAGGUGACCACCACCAGCCAGGAGGGCUGCCGGAUCUCCACGUCCCCGGAGGACCGUCUCUACGGCAGCAUGGACCAGGUGGUCCUCCCGUUCCCGUACCCGCAGUCCCAGAGGAAGGGGGCGGAGAAGCUGCAGACGGCGCUGGAGAGGGGCGUGCAGCUGUGGCUGACCCCGGACGGCCUGUACGCCAAGCGGCUGUGCCAGGGCCGGGUCUUCUGGGAGGGGCCCCUGGCUCCAUUCUCCGAUAAACCCAACAAGCUGGAGAAGGAGCAGACCUGUAAGCUGUUUGAUACGCAGCAGUUCCUCAGCGAGCUCCACAGUUAUGCCUACCAAGGUCGCCCACCACCCAAAUUCCAGGUGGUUCUCUGUUUUGGGGACGAGUACCCAGACCCCCAGAGGCACAGCAAGCUGAUCACUGCCCAGGUGGAGCCUGUGUUCGCCAAGCAGCUGCUGUACUUCGCCCAGCAGAGUGGCGGGCACUAUGGCCGUGGGUACGAGACGCCCAAGCAGUUGGCCUCGCCCACCGAGGACUACCAGAGGCCCGUCCAGCACCGCCCCAUGCAGGAGUGACCGGAGUGUCGCUGUACGGAUGCUGGGCGCUCCAGUGUCUGAGGCUGGAACUCAGAUGUGGAGUUCUCAUCGACAUGUCACAAAUUCGCUGGGUCUCGGGGGCCGGGUUGAGCCAUGGGCUUGGAGAGACAAAAGCAGGGCUAUCACUUUGUCUCUGUCCCUCUUGUUACCUCUCCUUCCCUCUCUCUUUCUCUCUCCUUUCACUCCUGCUUCUCACACUCUCUCUCUCUCUCUUGUGUUCCUGUCUCACCCUCUCUCAAUUUCCCUCCUACCUCCUAACUCCAUUUUCUCUUCCUGUCUUUCUUAUCUCUCCCCAACCCAUUCCAAUCUAUCUCUCACCUUGUCUUUGCCUUUCACAGUCAUUUCCCUUCUCUGUCCUCUUUUCCUUUCUACCCAACCUCUCUCUCUCUCUCUCUCUCUCUCUGAUGAUGAAAGCAUGGCUGGAUUCUCUGUGGUCUAUCAGUCAGUUUUCAUAGAUGAAGCUUUACUCUUACAUUAGUUUGGGUCUACUCUUUCCUCAACCAACAUGGAUGUCACUGAACUGAAUUACUUGUAUUGUUGAAUAUUAAUGUGAGAUGUAUGUUUGCGUUUUUUAAAUGAAAAUUGUAAUAACUGUACAGUAUGCAAAUGUGAUUGUGUUUUAAUUUUUUAUUAAAUAAUUUUACAAAA